AUGCAGCAGGUCCUCGAUUCCCAGAGCUCGCCGGAGCUUAAGCAGGUCGGCGGCGCGGUCCGGCUCACUGAAGUCACUGAAGGCCCUUUCUGUGUCAUCUCACCUGCGCCGCUGCGCAGCUGUGUGCAAGCAGGCUGCCAAAAUAGCAUCGGCAAAAUGUCGAACUUGUUGCAAGUUGCCACGGACGUCACGACCACAUCGCAGUGUCCCGCGAGGACUGCUCGAAUCCAUCGGGAAGGAUCGCCCGGCGUUGUCGACUCGCAGUCUGGCACACAGGGGAUCCACCGAUGUCCGUCGAUCAUGAGCCGCUCCGAGCCCCUGAUUGGGUUCCCUUUGCCGAGGCUCCGCGUUCUUGGCACCACGAACCUGCGGGUUGCAGACACUUCUGUCUAUCCGGAGUCGCCAUCUGGUCACAGCGAUGCACCUGCGAGACUGGUGGGUGAGCUGUGUGCGCGCUUCGUGCUCCGAGACAUUGCUGCACGUGGGAAGAACCAGGAACAUUCUGGCGAAGCAUCCGUCCAGCUUCGGGGGUAUCGAAGCGUUCGGAUGCCGCUGCGUGGAUUUGGAACCAACGGAGUGCAGGGAGAACAGGUACAGAAGUCUUUGAAGAUGUUUUUCCAGCUUGGUGGGCGCAUGGUUGACACGGCGGUGCUUUAUGACAAUCAUGCUGACAUCGGGCAUGCCAUCGCCAAGAGCAAGAUACCACGCGAGGAGGUAUUCAUCGUCAGCAAGAUUCCGCCCACUCAGAUGGGAUAUGACGAAACCUACGAUGCGGUCCUCCGAAGUGUCGACGAACUUGGCACGCACCUGGACUUAGUGCUGCUACACUGGCCUUCCAACUUUGACUCCAAGGAUCCGCUCCCUGAGUGUGCCAGCGUGUCCUGGCGGGCAUGCCGAGCUGCAGCAUGGAAAGGGCUUGAAAGAGCCUUCAAAGCUGGAAAGGUGCGAGCGCUGGGCGUGUCAAACUUCGGCGUGCAGCACCUGUCUGCACUCUUGGCGGAUGGUCCAUCUCUGCCGAUCGCUGUGAACCAGGUGCAGACACGUACUGCUGCCGUCUGUUGCAGCUGGUGUAGUGGGGAAUUUUUCAACGUAGUGCUGAUUGGAUGUCGUUAUCGACUUUUAGGCCUCAAGGGCCUAAGCCUGAUUCCACGUGGCUUGAGCUCAACAUGUCUGAAUGCGUAG